GUUUGCUAAAAUUUUCUAAAUAGAAACGUGAACAAAAUGCUGACCGUUGUUAAGCAGCAACUGAGCUUUAUGUUUAUUUAUCUGGAGGUGAGACAGCGCCUGGUGCUCUGCUGCUUCACCUUCUUAGCCAUCAUCAAUGCCUACACCAUGCGGUUAUGUCUGGACUUUUCGCUGAACCGGAUCGUUUCGGAAUGUGGAGUUGACAACGAGUACCGGAAUUCCAAAGUGCCUCAGGUGCUUAGUCCAAAGGCUCUGCCCAAUUGGCGUUUUGAACUGGCCAUGAGUCUCAAUCACACGGAUAACCAUUUAAGAAGAAGGCUAAAAGGCGGCAGGGAAUCCGAAGAUCAGGAUCAGAUGAGAGGAAUCCAAAAGAAGCAUUUUAAGAGCAGGGAAACAGUCAUAGUAAAUCCUCCUGUACAAGGGACUCCUCAUGAAACGAUCAGCUGCGCCGAGCUGUGGUCUCGUCAAACCCAAUCCCUCGUGGUGAUGGCCUUCUAUGCCGGCUAUGUGCUCACCCAUGUCCCAGGUGGUCGUCUGGCGGAGCGAUAUGGCGGAAAGUGGGUCCUCGGGGUCGCCAUCCUCUCGUCGGCGGUGCUGACUCUUCUAACCCCCGCCGCAGUUCGUCAGGGAGGUCCUUAUGUCCUAGUAGGCGUCCGUCUCCUGGUCGGCCUCUGCGAGGGACCGUGCUUUCCGGCCGUGUGUGCCCUCCUGGCUCAGUGGGUUCCCGAACAAGAACGCGGAGUGCUUGCUAGCUGCGUCCUCAGUGGCGGUGAAAUCGGGAUAACUAUGGUCCAGCUGGUCAGCGGACUGGUAAUGGCGGAGCAGGACUGGCCGGUGAUCUUCUACAUGGUUGGCGGAGGUGCAGUGGUCUGGUUCUUAGGAUUUAUCCUUGUAUGCUACAGUACGCCGGACCACUGUCCAUUUAUCCAAAGCGAAGAGCGGGAUUAUAUAAGGUGCAAUACCAGUGCCUCCCUAAUGUUGGCCUCCAGCAGAGAAAGAGAAGUGAGGGAGCGGCCAGAUGGAGGAGAAGCUGAUGAAGGGGAAUCCAGCAGAGAAAUAGAAGCCGCAGAGGUCCCACCAUCUACAGCAGCUCCAUGGAGGAGCAUGCUCACCAGCACUUCGCUUUGGGCACUUGUUUCCGCCUCCAUGCAUCAGGAAUUCCAGCAGAAGUUGCCUCAGGAGCUGCAGAAACUCUUGGAGGAAGUCAAUUCCCGUGGCAGCAGUCUGUGGGAAGAUCUCCCCGCCACAAUUGCGUUGAUCGCUCCCCACAUUGGCAAUUGGGUGGCUGCGCUAACCACCGGAAGUCUUAGCGAUCACCUUAUCGCCCAGCAGAUCCUCAGUCGCACCCAGUGUCGCCGCCUCAUGUCCUGGCUGGUUGUUAUUUGCGGAUCCAUGUACAUACUGCAGAUCAAGGAAAACGGAGCACAGAUCUGGAGCGUUCUGGCCAUGGGCGCCUACUAUGCUGGCAUCAAACUGCUUCCGCUGGAUAUGAGCCCGAACUAUGCAGGCACUCUGAUGGGCAUUUCUAGCGGAGUGGGCGCCCUGCCUGCACUUUUAAUGCCCUAUCUGGAGCAGCUGGAGACGGAUUACUCUCUGGUGAGCAGUGUGAGGGCCGCCCUGUGGGUAAUCGGCGCCAGCUACAUUUCCGGCGAUGUGCAGGCAUUUAACCAACCGGAACCGAUGCGACAAUAAGGACACUUGCUUGUUAUUAGUUUAAUCUUACGCUAAAACAUAAGCUACGGGUUUUGUCUUACUGGAUUCCUUAGGCAACAGAUUCUAGAUUACAUAUGUAGCAUAAUACAUGACAAUUUCUAUGCUAUAGCUAGGAGCAUAAA